GAUUGUUCAAUUCAAGGGGAUGAAGAGUUCAGAAUAAUUUUGGUAAAUGGAUUCCAGUAUGGGCAGUAAGAAUAAGCUGAACAUUUGACCUGCUUUGAAGAAACAUAGUGUCCAUUUGUCUAAAGUAAACUGUAACAACCAAACCAAUCAAAAUGAAUUCAACAGCAUUUUCUCAGGUGGUAAAUCAUUCAGUGCAUCAUAAUUUUUCAGAGAAGAAUUCCCAGUUUUUGGCUUUUGAAAAUGAUGAUUGCCAUCUGCCCUUGGCUAUGAUAUUUACAUUAGCUCUUGCUUAUGGAGCUGUGAUCAUCCUUGGGGUCUCUGGAAACCUGGCUUUGAUCAUAAUCAUCUUGAAGCAAAAGGAGAUGAGAAAUGUUACCAACAUCUUGAUUGUGAACCUUUCCUUCUCAGACUUGCUUGUUGCAAUCAUGUGUCUCCCCUUUACUUUUGUCUACACUUUAAUGGAUCAUUGGGUCUUUGGUGAAGCAAUGUGCAAGUUGAAUCCUUUUGUGCAAUGUGUUUCAAUCACUGUGUCCAUUUUCUCAUUGGUUCUCAUUGCUGUGGAACGACAUCAGCUGAUAAUCAACCCACGGGGGUGGCGACCGAAUAAUAGACAUGCUUAUGUUGGAAUUGCUGUCAUUUGGGUCAUUGCUGUGGCAUCUUCUCUGCCCUUUCUGAUCUAUCAAGUUUUGACUGAUGAACCAUUCCAAAAUAUAACACUCGAUGCAUUCAAGGACAAGUACGUGUGCUUCGAUAAAUUUCCAUCAGACUCUCAUAGGUUAUCUUAUACUACUCUCUUGUUGGUGCUGCAGUAUUUUGGCCCACUCUGUUUUAUAUUUAUUUGCUACUUCAAGAUAUACAUACGCUUAAAAAGGAGAAACAACAUGAUGGACAAGAUGAGAGAUAAUAAGUACAGGUCCAGUGAAACCAAAAGAAUUAACAUCAUGUUACUCUCCAUUGUGGUAGCAUUUGCAGUCUGCUGGCUGCCUCUCACCAUCUUUAACACUGUGUUUGAUUGGAAUCAUCAGAUCAUUGCUACAUGCAACCAUAAUCUGUUAUUUCUUCUCUGUCACCUCACGGCAAUGAUAUCCACCUGUGUCAACCCCAUAUUUUAUGGAUUUCUGAACAAAAAUUUCCAGAGGGACUUGCAGUUCUUCUUUAACUUUUGUGAUUUCCGGUCUCGGGAUGAUGACUAUGAGACGAUAGCUAUGUCUACCAUGCACACGGAUGUUUCUAAGACUUCUUUGAAACAAGCAAGCCCAGUCGCAUUUAAAAAAAUCAACAAUGAUGAUAAUGAAAAAAUCUGAACCUGCUUGUAACAUAUGGUCUCUGAUGACAUCUGUUUAAAAACAAGCACAACCUGCAAUAUAACUUUCAUUACCUGUUCUACCAAGGAAUGGAGUUGAAAUUAUUAGGGAAAGACUAAGAUUUUUUUUUGUCUUGCUUUUUACAGCUUUUCUUGUAGUUGUCCUGAUUGCAUUUGGAACAAAAUAUACAGGCUUUGGAAUCUUUUGACAAUAGUUUGGACACGAUAUCUUUGGAAUGCUUUUUGUAAACUUAUGCAUAUAAUGGAAAGGUUUCUAUACUGUGUUUAUUGUAAUGAAAACAAAUUAGUAUUAUUAUUAACUGACAUUUAGAAGCACUAGCCACCUGACAUUCUCAUAUAUU